AUGACUGACCAACAGCCAACUCCUUCCAAAGCUUUGAAAACAGCAGACAAAACACAGAAAAAAUCAACUUCAAAGGCCAACACGAAAGCCAAAAAUGAUACAGCCAAGGCAAACAAGAAGGGCAAAUCAAGAAUAUCUAAGCCCAUUGAAGAGAUAGCUCGUACCACAAGGAAUCUAGAUAUUAACAGUGGGGAUGAUGAUGAUGACGAUUUGUGUCUUAUUUGUGCGAGUAAGCUGGUGUACGCAUCUUUAUCACCAUGUAACCAUACCACGUGCCAUAAAUGUUCCUUUAAACAACGUUCUCUCUACAACAAAAAGGCAUGUCUGAUUUGUAGAACAGAAAACGACAAACUGAUCUUUACGGAAAACAUCAACGCCAAUUAUACUGAUAGCAACCUUGGACAUUAUCAAUUUAAUGAGAAGUAUGGUAUCGUAUUCACUUCCGAAGAGGUGGCCACUGCUACUUUAAACCUAUUGAAAUAUACAUGCUCAGUAUGUCCUGCUAACAAAGAUGGAAUCGAAAGGGAGGAUUUUGGCUCUUAUAAGAAAUAUAAUGAACAUCUACGAUCCAAGCACAAUAAAUGCCUAUGUACUAUUUGCGCCCAAAAUAAUCAUAUCUUCCCCUCUGAACUACCAGUAUAUACUCAAAAUCAAUUACGGAAUCACCAGUCUAAAGGUAAUUCUGAAGGCUUCAAAGGCCAUCCAUUAUGUGCCUUUUGCUCAGGGCAAAGAUUUUAUGGUGAUGAUGAGUUAUAUGUUCACAUGAGGAAUAAACAUGAAAAAUGUCAUAUUUGCGAUAAAAUUGAUCAUAAUUCUCCUCAAUAUUUUAAAGAUUAUGACCAAUUAUUUGAUCAUUUCAAAAAUUUCCACUAUAUAUGUACUGUUCAAACCUGUCUUGAUAACAAAUUUAUUGUCUUCAAAGAUGAAUUGGAAUUACAAGCACAUAUCUUAAAGGAACAUGGUGAUUUAAUAAGAGGUAAACCAAAGUUAUUCCAAUCAGAAUUGUCAACCUUCAUGUCAGGCCCAUCUAGGGUAGUUAGAGAUAGAGAUGCUAUGAAUUAUGAUAUGGAUUCACGUCCAAGUUUAUUUUCAUCAUCACCAUCAUCAUCUGCCACCCCAUUGGGUACCGACGGUAAUGAUGAUAAUAGCGAUAACGAUAUCCCAGAAUUACGACAAUUGAGAUUGGAAGAAAGAGCUAAAUAUUACUUAGAAAAUUCUCAAGAAUUAUAUGAUAAAUUUAUUAAAUGUAAUGAUGAAUAUGACAAAGGAUAUUUAACCGGUUUAGGACUGCUAGACUCCUACAAAGAAAUAUUUACCACUCCUCAAUCAAAUGUAUAUCUAUUGAUCAACAAUGUGGCCAAGUUAUACCCUAAAAAUUCUCCAAAGUUUAAAGAAUUAAAUGCCAUCUAUGAAGCACAGGAGCAAAAACUAUAUUUACAAAAUGGAUUACCGUCUUUAUCAGGAUCAUCCGCAUCAAUUAGCUCAGCUACCAGGUCUUGGAAUAAUUCAGGUAGUGUGGCAAUGAAUAGAAAUAUAAGAGAUUUACCAACUUUAGAAGCGAAAUCAAAAUCAUUUGAUCCUUUUGCCACUACUGUCAAGAAAACUCCAGCACUGAGAACAAUGAAGAAGACGGUGGUAAAAAAAGUGUCGCCUUCCCCAAUUGCAUACACACCGCUAGGCGGCUCUUCUCUCUCUUCUUUGUCAACUGUGCCCAGAUUACCAACCACAAAUGUGAGCAACACUGUUAGAAUGGGUUCAUCAACCAAUGGGAAAAACAAAAAAUUGGCAGACUUAAACUUGCCUCAGUUACCAACACCUAAACCUAAAGUUUAUAUCCCUCCACUUAGGAAAACAACAAUUCCCGAUCCCAAACAAUGGGGUGGAGGGGGACAAAAUGUGCCUUCCACAGAUAAUCUCCCAUCACUCCCCAUCCACCAUAGUAACGGCUCUUCUCAAUCCAACCAACAAAAGGGCAAAAGAGGAAAACAGAAGCAAAAACAACUACUCUUCCAUAUCGGUAUUUAG